AUGGCUGACGAAGCUCGUGUCAACAAUUUCAAGAAGGAAUUUCAUAACGCUGCAGCAAAAGCUGUCACCGCUAAACAAGAAGCGAAAAAAAGAUAUGAUGAAGCGAAAGAAUACGGGAUGACAAAUGACCCUUUUGAUGCUUGGGUUAUACAGAACGACCCUGCAUUUAUCAAUGUGUACCAUAUGUACACCGAUAAACACUAUAUGCUCACAGAGGCGUUCACGUUCUAUGAUGAAGGGAAAGCAGGUGAAUGGAACAAGAAGUUUAAGGAUUUGCGGAGCAAGUGGCAUCUUGGAUAUUUUGGCAACGGGAAGGAAAAAGGGUCAGACUUUAUCGUCAUCACUGACGAAGAUGUUGAUCGUUAUGAGGAGAUUUUGGAGGAACAGUGGAAGCUAAAGAAUGGCGAUUGA